AUGGCACCAACGAAAUACAUUGAUCGCCCUGUGCCGACCAUCUCCCUCCGCGACUUCGACUCUCGGAUGGACAUGAUUACACAGGAACUUCUCGAUGCUGCAGAGAACCAUGGAUUCUUCUGUAUCGUAGACCACGGCAUAACACGCGAUGCUGUUGAUGGGAUCUUUGACCAGUCAGCACGCUUCUUCAACCAACCUGAUCCCGUAAAGUCUCAGGUGCCUUUCUCCCCUCAGCACAAUGCUGGAUGGGAGAAGAACGCGCAAAUCAGGCCAUCGACUGGUGCAGUCGACCGCAAAGAAUCUUAUCAGAUGCAAUUUGGCGAAGGCAUGAACGGCCGAUGGCUAGAUGAUGAGACUUUGCCUGGCUUCCAGGCGGAGGCCCUGGCAUUCAUGCACAAAGUACAAGCGGUCAGCGAGAACCUCAUGAGGUGCUUUGCGCGAGGAUUGGGUUUUGAGGACGACUAUUUUAUCAAAGCACAUGAUGUCAGAAGGCCAGAGUCUCAGACGGUGUGCCGAUUACUACACUAUUUCGAAACUCCGCGGUUACCGAAUCCCACUGGGGAAGUGCAUCACAGAGCAGGUGCGCAUGCUGACUGGGAUUUUUUGACCUUACUGUUCCAGAAGGCAGGGCAGUCUGGCCUCGAGAUAUGUCCAGGACGGGAAGUUUCGACAUCGUUUGGCUACGGAGACGCUUGGACAAAGGUUGAGCCUGACGCUGAGAAGAACGCGAUCGUCUGCAACGUCGGUGACUUGCUCAUGUCAUGGUCUGACGACCGCUUCAAAUCCACAUUCCAUCGCGUUAAGGCUCCGUGUGAGCCCGACGACUAUUAUGGCGAGCGCUAUAGUAUCGCCUUUUUCAACCAACCGUGCAAAGACGCUAAGAUCCAAGGUCCGCUGAAGAAGUAUCCAGUGGUAACAGGAGAGGAGUUUACCAGAAAUGCUAUGAGUCGGAACUACCAGGCUAUACAAGAGAAGUUGAAGAAAGAGAAAGAGCUGGUGGUCAAGGCCGUCGAGGUGGACGCGACGACAGCUCGUACGGUCAGCGCUACCGCAUGA